UUUUUUGAAACACUUAAACACUGUUCUUCAGUUCACCACCUUCCAAAACCCAAACGCAUUAAAUAACAGUCCGGUGAGUUUGAAAGUGUGUGAUGACUAGUGGCAGUUGGAGCCCAUAGCAUAACCACUCACUUCCCUCAUUAAUGUUUUCCCUGAAUCCUAUCCAUUCUAUAAAAGAGGCAGAUACCCAUUUAAUGUUUUGUUACACAAACUUUACCUCAAUUCCAAAAAUACCAUCUUCUUUUACAAAACACACUCCACUCAACUUUACAUUCAACCUUAAACAUGUCUAACGUUGUGUUUCAUCGCAAAGAAAACAAAAAAACCAAGACAGAGACAUAUUCCUCUAAAUUAGAACGUUAAUGGAACCUUUUUGUAGAUUGGGUCAGGGUUUAGAAGAAACAGCAGCAGCAGCAGCAGCACCAAGUGCAGAAUCAGAGCUUGUCAUUGGAGAGAGUAACGUGAACUCGAGUUUCUGAGUGUGAAUCAUUAGGCAUGGGAUUGCAGCGAGGAUUGGCACUUAGUGCGGUUAUAAUGUUGCUGUUGGUACAGUUAACGAUGGGUUUAAGUUCUGAAACCGAAUGGGUUGCGUUAUUUAAGCUUCGUUCUUCGUUGGGGAUAAGGGGAAAGGAAUGGCCCUUAAAAGCCGAACCGUGCCUGAACUGGACCGGGGUUCGGUGCCGGAACGGUCGAGUCGUUGGGAUAAACGUGACCGGUUUGAAGCGAACCCGAACCGGUCGUCUUCACCCGAACUUCGAAGUGGAUUCCCUUACCAAUUUAACACUAUUGGAGUCUUUCAACGCUUCUGGGUUCAUGCUCAAUGGGUCAAUUCCCGAGUGGUUUGGUCAGAGCCUUGGUGCACUCCAAGUGCUUGAUCUAAGGUCUUGUUCCAUAACGGGUGUGAUUCCUGAUUCACUUGGGGGUUUGAGUGUGUUGAAGUCUUUGUUCCUUUCAGGGAAUAGUCUUACUGGUAGAAUGCCUCCAACAUUGGGAUUGUUAUCUGGGUUAUCUGUUCUUGACCUCUCUAGGAACUCGCUUUCAGGAACAGUGCCUAACUCUUUGUCUAAACUUGGUAACCUUACAAGGCUUGAUCUUUCUUCUAAUUUCUUAUCUGGGUCUAUUCCACAUGAACUGGGUGGCCUUUCAAAUCUCCAAAUUCUGAACCUUUCUAAUAGUGCCCUCACUGCUUCUGUUCCCCCUCAACUGGGUAACCUUUCCAAGUUGGUUGAGCUUGACCUUAGCAUGAAUUUUCUGUCUGGGUCAUUGCCGGGUAGUUUGUUUUCUUCUACCCUUGUUGCCCUUCAAGUUCUCAUUCUCAGUGAGAAUUUAUUUCAUGGUUCUCUUCCUGCUAAGAUGUGGUCAAUGCCCAGCUUGCACUUUCUUGAUGUAUCCAGCAACAAUCUCACUGGUCCACUGCCAAAGUUCUCUAAUAACGUUAGUUCUACUGGUGCCAUAUUCAAUCUCUCAAACAAUUUGUUCUAUGGAUCUCUGUCUCUGAAUACUUCGUUGAACAAGUUUAAAAUGAUUGAUUUGUCUGGUAAUUAUUUACAAGGUGAGGUGCCAGGUGGUGGUCUUAGUAAUGUAACUCUAGCUAGAAAUUGCCUACAGAUGAUUUCAAACCAGAGGGGUUUGGAAGAUUGUAGACUGUUUUACGUUCGGAGAAAUUUACACUUUGAUCCUGGUGAGCAAGAACCAAUUCAACCCCCAUUCCUAGGAAAGUCCAGGAGCAACAAAUCAGUUAUAUUUAUACUGGCAGGUAUAUUUGGUGGGCUUGGCUUAACUGUGCUUCUGGUAUUGGUCCUCUUACUGGUUCUAAAACAAUGUCAUAAACAUAAUAGCUUGGUGAUUCAAAGGGGGACCGUAGAAGGGGGACCUGUUCCAGAUGGGGGAAGACCUACUCCUCCUAAGGAUCCUGUCUUUGUAACUGGAGUGGGAGAAUCAUUUACUUUUGAGCAAAUUGUUCGUUUGACUGGCAAUUUUUCUGAAGCAAAUAUCAUAAAGCAUGGUCGUUCUGGAGACCUCUACUGGGGAGUCUUGGAAAGUGGAGCAACUGUGGUUGUCAAAAAGGUAGAUUUGAAUUUAUUUAAGAGAGAAUCAUACAUUGUGGAAUUGGGAUUAUUAAGCAAGGUUUCACAUGCAAGAUUGGUCCCAAUCCUGGGACAGUGCUUGGAGAAUGAGAAUGAGAAAUGUAUAGUUUACAAGUAUAUGCCAAAUGGAGAUUUGGCUACUUCAUUGCACAAAGUCACUAGUUCAGAUGGUAAAUUACAGUCCCUGGAUUGGAUCACGAGAUUGAAAAUUGCAAUAGGAGCUGCUGAAGGCCUAGCUUACCUACACGAGUGUAGCCCUCCCCUUGUUCACAGAGAUGUCCAAGCUAGCAGUAUACUUCUUGAUGAUAAAUUUGAAGUGAGACUUGGAAGUUUGAGUGAGGUUACUGCCCAAGAAGAUCUUCAUCAGAAUGUCAUCUCAAGACUUUUCAGCAAGCCACCAUCUUCUAAUCAAGUCAACUCUGGUACAUCAUCUGUGACAUGCGCCGACGAUGUCUACUGUUUUGGGAAGAUUUUACUCGAGCUAGUUACUGGUAAUCUUCAUGUCAGCAAAUCAGAUGAUGCCGCCGCAAAAGAGUGGUUAGAGCAAACCCUGUCUUACAUAAGCAUAUAUGAUAAAGAACGUGUGACUAAGAUUGUUGAUCCAUCUUUGAUCGUGGAUGAGGACCUAUUGGAUGAGGUAUGGGCUAUGGCAAUUGUGGCCAUGUCAUGUCUGAAUCCCAAGCCUUCCAAGCGUCCUCCUAUGAGAUAUGUCCUCAAAGCAUUGGAAAAUCCAUUGAAGAUUGUGAGAGAAGAAAAUCCUAGCUCGGCAAGGUUGAGAACAACCUCAUCUAGGAGAUCUUGGAGCACUGCAUUCUUUGGUAGUUGGAGACACAGUUCAUCAGAGAGUGCUACUGCCACAGGGAAUGCAAACAAGGAGGGUACUAGUGGCUUUAAACAAUCAGGAAGAGUAGGUUCUCAAGGUAGUACUGGAAAUGAUCACUCAUCUUCCAAUAAAAGAUCAUCCAAUGAAAUUUUCCCUGAACCAUUGGAUAUGCAAGAUGUAGAGACUGGAGAGGCAAGAUGAGCACUUAGGAAAUGGAUUUUGUUAUUCUUUAAUGGGUUUGAUUUUUCUCAUGUUGCGUGAGAUAAUUUAUCUCAUGCAACACAAAAAAGUGAGGAGGACCCACUUUGAAGAAGAGAGAGAAAGGAAAAAGAUGGGUUCCACCCACUUUUUUAUGUGUUGCAUGAGAUAAUUUGUCUCAUGCAACAUGAGAAACACAUUUCCCUUCUUUAAUUAGUGAUGUUAUUCGCAAGUCAAGCACAUUGCCCUGCAUUCAUUAUGGUUCAUCACUGCCAUGGUGCAGCAAUGAAAAGCCAUACUAAUGUUAGUGGUAGCUCUUGCUUUCUAAAGCAGAUUAAGCAGUACGCAUUGAAAUGUGGUAUAUAGAGAGCUCCAAUAAAAAUGAGUAAUUUUAGUCAUUCAACUGAUUUGUUUAAAACACACCCCCCCACCCCUCCCUUUAGGUCAUUAAAUGUGUGAUAGAUUGUAACAUAGUGAUUUCAUUUUUUGAAGAAUUCGAAGUGGGGAAAAACAUUGAACUACUAAAAUUUCUCAUUGUGGGUUGGUGAUAUGUAAGUAAGCAUUGUAAGUCUUCUUGAGCUUUGUAGCAUAUAUUAUCUUGGAAUGGAGUAACUUUCUUUCUUUACCUUUUUGCGCAAUAAAAAAAUGGUUAAUUGUAGUUAGUUAACUCCAUUAACUAAUUCAUUAGGGUGGCUCAU